AACGUCGCCUGGCGCUAAUGAAUCAAGCCUGCCCGCUCGGAAAAUUCCGGGCCGUAGGGUAAAAGGUUGGCUUGCCAACAACAGUGCUUAUAUAGCACCUGCCUGUACCUGCUCAUCUUCACUAGUACUAUGUAUACAAACUAGCUAAUACAAACCUCUACGCUUUCACACUCCAUCAAUGCGGAAUGGGAGAAAUAAUUGGCAGAAGAACUUCAGGAAGCGGUGGAAAAAUUGAAUAUGGAUCAUCAACAUAGCCUAAACUAUCGGAUAUCACCAGCGUUCAUUAAACUCCAACCAACAAGUUACAAAUCAUGGACGAUAUAGCCCAUCCUCCAGUCCGUUUGCAAGUUGCCUCAUCAGUCCCAGUCUCCUCCAAACACGCUCUUUCUCUCGUCAAUAAUUUCCUCGACGAUUUUCAAGCACGUAGUACACCCUCCAAGGGUAGUGAUACUUCAAUCACUGCCCAACUUCAGAAGCUGAGUAAAGCGCUUGAACAGGAGUGCAUCCGACGAUCAAAUUGACCAUGUCACGAGAUUCGGCAAUGUGUGUGGGAGACGGUCGAAAAGUACCAGCAUUAGCCCGUAGACUAAAAGAAAAUGUUGAAGCACACUGCGAGACUAUGGCUCAAAUUCAGUUUUCCAUGCGUAUAGCAUGCACUCACAUCCCGCACACGUCCGUACUAAGCCCCAGCGAUGGCACUCGAUGACCGAAAUAUUAAGAAAUCUGCGAAAUUUGA